AGUAUUUUAUUAUUUCAGAAGUAAGAGAUAAGAAAACGAGUUAUUGCUUGUCUAUGAAAAUGAAUCCAAGAAUUAUAAAUAUAAUCUCCAGACCCUAUUCUAGUAUCAGAAGAAGUGCCGUUGAGGAUGUUUUCAUUGUUGGACAUGCUAGAACACCGCUUGGGUCAUUUCAGGGUCAACUUCAGAGUUUAUCAGCGACAAGGUUGGGAAGCAUUGCAAUAGAGAACGCAAUCAAAGCAACUGGGAUAGAUAAAAGCGCAAUUGAAGAGGUGUAUAUGGGAUGUGUUGUACAGUCUGGACUAGGACAAGCGCCAGCUCGUCAAGCAGCACUAGGAGCUGGUCUUUCCAACACUACACCCUGUGCUACAGUUAAUAAAGUGUGUGCUAGCGCUCUCAAAGCGAUUACAAUGGCUACUGCUCAACUGGCAGUAGGACACAGAAAUGUCAUGAUUGCCGGAGGCAUGGAAAGUCUGUCCAACAGCCCCUUCCUUCUAGAAAGAGGAAGCACACCCUACGGAGGAAUAAACCUGAAGGAUAGUUGCAGUUUUGAUGCACUAACAGAUGCAUACUCAGGCUGGCAUAUGGGCAAAUGUGCAGAAAAUACAGCUGAGAAAUUAAACAUUUCCAAAGAUGAUCAGGACGAUUAUGGCAUUUUAAGUUACAGGAGGACAGAGAAGGCGAUUGAAGACGGAGUAUUCCAUGGAGAAAUUUAUCCUUUGGAAGUAAGGAAAGGAAAGAUAACAACUAUUGUUACAACGGAUGAAGAGGUUUCCAGGAAUGAUUAUGAAACUUUUCGAGAAACCAAAUUGUAUUGGGGUAAAACAGUUGCUGUCGGAUCGUCAAGUAAACUGGCAGAUGGAGCCACUGCUACUAUCCUUGCUAAUGAAACUGGACUCAAAAUGCACAAUUUGAAACCUCUAGCCCGGGUUAUUGCGUACUCCGAUUCUGCAGUGAAUCCCGUGGACUGGCCAGUGGCACCGGCAAAGGGAAUACAAGAUCUUCUUAAUAGAGCAGGGAUGAAAAAGGAAGAUAUAUCCAAGUGGGAGAUCAAUGAAGCGUUUGCAGUCGUAGUUUUGGCGAACGCUAGAAUUCUUGAUCUAAAUCUUGAGGAUGUAAACGUCCAUGGAGGAGCAAUAUCAGUCGGACAUCCAUUCGGGAUGAGUGGGGGUCGGAUAACCAACCAUCUGGUUCACACUCUAAACUCUGGAGAGUUUGGUGUAGCUAGUCUUUGCAACGGCGGAGGAGGAGCUGGGUCAAUACUUGUACAGAAACUUUGAUCCAUUAUUAUUAUGAUUAUUGCUCUUCAGAAACUUUUAUCAAUUAAAAUCAUGAUCACUGUUCUUCAGAAACUUUGAUCAAUACUCGCAGAGACAGUUUGAUCAAUUCAAUAUUUAUCAAUACUCAACCAGAAACUAUGAUCAUUUAUUUUGAUCCAUUCUCAGUACUCAUUCGUAAAAACACUUUGAUCAAAUAAAGUAAUGACCAAUGCUAUUACAGAAAUGUAAUCGAUCAUAGGUUUGAUCAAUAUUUUAAUUAAUCUAAUGUAAUAUCAAUGCAACGUUACCUAUUUAACCAUACAAUUUGUACUUUUUAAUUUAAGCAUUUAUCUGAUAAAUAAACUCUAGUU